AUGCAAGUAACAACAGCUACAUUUAUAGCCAGUAGUUUGUCUGGAAUUGCUCUUCUAACAUGUCUAUUCGCGCUAUCCUCAAUCUACAACAAUGUUCAAGAAUAUUGGUUAGAAUUGGAUGUUGAAAUGAUAACAGUUCGUCGUGAAAUGGAUGAUAUGUGGAAAGAGAUUAUGCACAUUGAAAGUUCGAGUGGUGCAGUUUUUCGUAUUCGUCGUCCACGUGGUGGAAAUUAUAACGAGGGUGGAUAUAAAGAGCAACCUCCUCCACCUCCACCGCCACCAGCUGGAUAUGAUACUGCGCCCCCAGCUUCACAUGAUCAACCACCACAAGCACCUUCUGGUCCAGCUCCAGAAUCACCAGAAUCUUGUCAAUGUAACGCUGAGAACAAAUGUCAUCCAGGUCCACCAGGAAACAAAGGAUCACCAGGAGCACCGGGACCAAAUGGGCAACCCGGUCUUGAUGGAGUUCCAGGACAUGAUUCAGAAGAUGUUGAGCCACAAUCACAAGACACUGGAGUUUGCUCAUAUUGUCCAGCGGGACCGCCAGGAUCGCCAGGCCCACAGGGACAUCCAGGACCACGUGGAAUGCGAGGAGCUGAUGGGCAACCAGGUCAACAAGGAAAAGAUGGAAAUCCAGGAAAACCAGGAGAAAUGGGACCACAAGGACCGGCUGGAAAGAAUGGACCAGAAGGAAAACAAGGAGAGAAAGGAGCCGAUGGAAGAAAACCAAUUGGAAGACCAGGAGCAAAGGGACAACGUGGAGAGCAAGGAGGACCGGGUCCACAAGGAUCACCGGGGGCUGAUGGGCCAACUGGAGCAGCUGGGCCUGCCGGAGCACCAGGAGGACCUGGUGGACAAGGAGAUCAAGGACCAGAUGGGCCAAUUGGGCCAGAAGGAAAAGUUGGGCGACCAGGGCAAGAUGCGUAA